CUCCCCCACGUGUGCUGCAGUUCUCCCGGUGUCUGCGGGGCAGCCGGGGUGCUUUCCCUGGGGGCGUAGUUGCUGGCACCUCCGGUGCGGGACCUCAGCGGCUCGGGGGCUCCGAGCGCUAAGUAGGGAGCGCUGGUGGCCGCCGGGGCAGAGGGCCUGCCGUCAUGGAGCACCUUUUCCUGGAGGUGGCGGCCGCGCCGCUAUGCUUACUCGCUGCCAAGAACGAGAAGAGCCGCAGCGAACUGGGCAGGUUCUUGGCCAAACAGGUGUGGACACCUCAAGAUCGCCAGUGUAUCCUAAAUACCUUAGCCCAAUUACUUCUGGAUAAAGACUGUACUAUGCUGGUUGGUCGCCAGCUGCGCCCUCUUCUUCUGGAUUUGCUGGAAAGGAAUGCUGAGGCCAUUAAAGCCGGAGGUCAAGUCAACCACGAUCUACACGAACGGCUCUGUGUGUCAAUGAGCAAACUCAUCUGUAACCAUCCUGAUGUCCUCCCGUUUGCCCUGAGGUAUUUCAAGGACACUUCUCCAGUCUUUCAAAGACUCUUCCUAGAGAGCUCAGAUGCUAAUCCAGUCCGCUAUGGGCGCAGGCGGAUGAAGCUCCGGGACCUAAUGGAAGCAGCUUACAAGUUUCUGCAGCAAGAGCAGUCUGUGUUCCGGGAGCUCUGGGACUGGAGUGUGUGUGUCCCUCUCCUCAGAAGCCAUGAUACCUUGGUCCGCUGGUACACAGCCAAUUGUCUUGCUUUGGUCACCUGUAUGAAUGAAGAACAUAAGUUAUCAUUCCUUAAGAAGAUUUUUAAUAGUGAGGAGCUGAUCCAUUUCAGGUUGAGGUUACUAGAAGAGGCCCAGCUGCAGGACUUGGAGAAGGCUUUGGUUUUGGCUAAUCCAGAAACCUCCCUUUGGCGUAAGGAGAAGGAGCUGCAGUACUUACAGGGACAUCUUGUUUCAGCUGACCUCUCUUCCAGAGUGACUGCCGUCUGUGGUGUGGUGCUGCCUGGGCAGCCACCAGUCCCUGGAGAGCAGGCUAGUAAUAGGAGUUCUUCUCGUGAACAGGAGCUGACCUUUAGGUCUUAUGUGCUGGUUGAUUCAAUCUGCAAAAAUCUUCAGACGCUGGCUAUGGCAGUGGCUUCUCAGAAUGCUGUGUUGUUGGAAGGACCAAUAGGAUGUGGCAAAACUUCCUUAGUUGAACACUUAGGUGCAAUGACAGGUAGACGGAAACCCCCUCAACUUCUUAAAGUCCAGCUUGGAGAUCAGACUGACAGUAAGAUGCUGUUGGGAAUGUAUCGCUGCACAGAUGUCCCAGGAGAGUUUGUGUGGCAACCUGGUACUCUGACACAGGCAGCCACAAAGGGACACUGGAUCCUUCUGGAGGAUAUUGACUAUGCCCCUUUAGAUGUGGUUUCCGUGCUGAUCCCUCUCUUGGAGAAUGGAGAGCUCUUGAUUCCUGGCCGAGGUGACUGUCUGAAAGUGGCUCCUGGAUUUCAGUUCUUUGCAACUAGGAGACUCUUGAGCUGUGGAGGAAAUUGGUAUCGACCUCUAAAUAGUCAUGCUACUCUGCUAGACAAAUAUUGGAUGAAAAUUCACAUGGAUAACAUGGAUAAGACAGAACUGAAUGAGGUUCUUCAGAACAGAUAUCCCAGCCUCUUGUCAGUAACUGAUCACCUGCUUGACAUUUACAUCCAGCUUACUGGAGAGAAACAUCUCUUUCGCAGUGAUAGUUCUAUUACAUGUGAACGGGCACCUGAGGAAGUUUCAGAAGCCAGAAGAGAAAACAAAAGACUAAGCCUUGAGGGAAGAGAAUUGUCUCUAAGGGAUCUACUGAAUUGGUGUAAUAGGAUUGUCCAUUGUUUUGACAGUCUGUCUUCAUCAGCAUCCUUAAAUAUUUUUCAAGAGGCUCUGGACUGUUUCACAGCAAUGCUUUCUAAGCAUUCAAGCAAACUGAAAAUGGCAGAAAUUAUUGGAAGCAAAUUGAACAUUUCCAAGAAAAAGGCCGAAUUCUUCUGUCAGCUUUAUAAACCGGAAAUUGUGAUCAAUGAACUAGAUGUGCAAGUGGGUCGAGUGCGGCUUCUACGGAAACAAAGUGAGGCUGUACACAUACAGAGGGAGAAGCUCACUUUUGCUCCUACAAGGCCAUCCUCUGUUCUUAUUGAACAGCUGGCGGUGUGCGUUAGCAAAGGGGAGCCUGUGUUGCUGGUGGGAGAGACCGGGACGGGCAAAACCUCUACUGUCCAGUACUUGGCUCACAUUACAGGCCACCGUUUGAGGGUCGUCAAUAUGAAUCAACAAAGUGACACUGCAGACUUGCUUGGGGGUUACAAACCAGUGGAUCAUAAGCUUAUUUGGCUGCCCUUACGGGAGGCAUUUGAAGAACUCUUUGCCCAGACAUUUUCCAAAAAGCAAAACUUUACAUUCUUGGGGCACAUUCAGACCUGUUACAGGCAGAAACGGUGGCAUGAUCUCCUCAGACUAAUGCAGCAUGUUCACAAGUCGGCUGUCAACAAGGAUGGAAAAGAAAGUGAAACUGGGUUACUCCUAAAAGAGAAAUGGGAAGCAUUUGGUCUUAGACUCAACCAUGCUCAACAACAGAUGAAAAUGACUGAAAAUGCUCUAUUGUUUGCAUUUGUAGAGGGUACACUAUCUCAGGCCGUAAAGAAGGGAGAGUGGAUCUUGUUGGAUGAGAUUAAUCUGGCUGCUCCAGAAACAUUAGAAUGUCUCAGUGGUUUACUUGAAGGCUCCUCUGGCUCCCUGGUGUUGCUGGAUCGAGGAGACACAGAACCACUGGUUCGUCAUCCUGACUUCCGUUUAUUUGCCUGUAUGAACCCAGCAACAGAUGUGGGCAAAAGAAAUCUCCCACCAGGAAUAAGAAACAGGUUCACAGAACUUUAUGUAGAAGAAUUGGAAAGUAAAGAAGAUUUACAAAUUCUUAUUGUGGAUUAUCUGAAAGGACUGAGUGUGAAUAAGACCACAGUUCAAGGAAUCAUCAACUUGUACACAGCUCUGCGGAAAGACUCUGGGACAAAAUUGGUGGAUGGAACUGGCCAUAGACCUCACUACAGCCUUCGGACUCUUUGCAGAGCUCUGCGAUUUGCAGCUUCCAAUCCGUGUAGCAACAUCCAGCGCUCGCUCUAUGAGGGCUUUUGUUUGGGUUUCUUAACACAGCUUGACAGGGCAUCACACCCAAUAGUUCAGAAGCUCAUUUGUCAACACAUUGUCUCUGGCAAUGUAAAAAGUCUGCUGAAGCAGCCUAUUCCAGAACCGAAAGGAGGCCGGCUUAUCCAGAUUGAAGGAUACUGGAUUUCGGUGGGAGAGAAGGAACCUACAAUAGAUGAGACCUACAUUCUUACGUCUUCUGUUAAGCUAAACCUGAGAGACAUAGUCCGAGUUGUUUCUGCAGGAACCUAUCCAGUGUUGAUUCAGGGAGAGACAUCAGUUGGUAAAACAAGCCUUAUCCGGUGGCUGGCUGCAGCUUCUGGUAACCAUUGUGUGCGUAUUAACAAUCACGAACACACGGAUAUUCAAGAGUACAUUGGUUGUUAUACAUCUGACUCUUCAGGGAAGCUUGUGUUUAAAGAAGGUGUUCUUAUUGAUGCUAUGAGAAAGGGCUACUGGAUUAUUUUAGAUGAAUUAAAUUUGGCCCCUACUGAUGUGUUAGAGGCACUGAACAGAUUGCUGGAUGAUAACCGUGAAUUGCUCAUCACAGAAACACAAGAAGUUGUUAAAGCUCACCCUCGGUUUAUGCUUUUUGCUACCCAGAAUCCCCCAGGACUUUAUGGAGGCAGAAAGGUGCUUUCUAGAGCCUUCAGGAAUCGGUUUGUGGAAUUGCAUUUUGAUGAAUUGCCUAGUUCUGAGUUAGAAACAAUCUUGCAUAAGCGCUGUAGUUUGCCACCCUCCUAUUGUAGCAAGUUGGUUAAAGUCAUGCUGGACCUUCAGUCCUAUCGCAGAAGUUCUUCAGUGUUUGCUGGAAAACAGGGCUUCAUCACCCUUCGUGAUCUGUUUCGAUGGGCUGAAAGAUACAGAUUGGCUGAACAGACCGAGAAAGAGUAUGACUGGCUACAGCAUUUAGCCAACGACGGAUUUAUGCUUCUCGCAGGCCGAGUCAGGAAGCAGGAGGAGAUUGAUGUGAUUCAAGAGGUCCUUGAAAAACAUUUCAAGAAAAAAUUGUGUCCUCAAUUCCUCUUCUCCAAGGAAAAUGUCCUAAAAUUACUGAGUAAAUUGUCCACUCAGGUAUCCACAUUGGAGUCUACGUUCAGCCACAUUGUGUGGACUGAGGGCAUGCGGAGACUGGCGAUGCUGGUGGGAAGGGCACUGGAAUUUGGUGAACCAGUGCUGCUGGUUGGAGACACUGGGUGUGGGAAAACUACGAUCUGUCAGGUGUUUGCAGGCUUGGCAAAUCAGAAACUAUACUCUGUCAACUGCCAUUUACACAUGGAGACAUCGGACUUCCUGGGGGGGCUGCGACCGGUGAGACAGAAGCCAAAGGACAAGGAAGAAACUGAUACAUCAAGACUUUUUGAGUGGCAUGAUGGUCCUCUUGUUCUGGCCAUGAAAGAAGAUGGCUUUUUUCUCUUGGAUGAGAUCUCAUUGGCUGAUGACUCUGUCCUGGAAAGACUCAAUAGUGUCCUUGAAGUGGAAAAGUCCCUGGUAUUAGCUGAAAAAGGCAGUGUAGAGGACAAGGAUAAUGAGGUAGAGUUGUUGACUGCUGGGAAAAAAUUCCGUAUCUUAGCAACCAUGAACCCUGGGGGCGACUUCGGAAAAAAAGAGCUGUCUCCUGCCUUAAGAAACCGGUUUACAGAAAUAUGGUGCCCACAAAGCACAAAUCGUGAAGAUUUAAUUCAGAUUAUCAGCCAUAAUCUUCGUCCAGGAUUGUCUCUGGGCAGAAUAGAUCAUAAAGGGGCUGACAUAGCUGAGGUGAUGCUGGAUUUCAUUGAUUGGCUGACCCACCAGGAAUUUGGCCGAAGGUGUGUGGUCAGUAUCAGAGAUAUCCUGUCCUGGGUUAACUUCAUGAAUACAAUGGGGGAGGAAGCUGCUUUGAAAAGGCCAGAGACCAUCUCCACUGUGACAUCAUUUGUCCAUGCUGCAUGCCUGGUGUACAUAGAUGGAAUAGGUUCAGGGGUAACUUCCUCAGGGUUUGGUACGGCCCUCUUGGCUCGCAAAGAAUGUCUGAAAUUCCUAAUCAAGAAACUUUCCAAGAUAGUACGACUUACAGAAUGUCAGAAAAACGAAUUGAAGAUUUAUGACAGACUCAAGGCCAAAGAAUUUACUGGAAUAGAUAACCUUUGGGGAAUUCAUCCAUUUUUUAUACCAAGGGGACCUGUCCUUCACAGGAAUAAUAUUGCCGACUAUGCACUCAGUGCAGGCACCACAGCUAUGAAUGCCCAGAGGCUCUUAAGAGCUACAAAACUGAACAAACCCAUUCUCCUGGAGGGCUCCCCUGGUGUGGGCAAGACAAGUUUGGUGGGAGCAUUAGCAAAGGCUUCAGGCAACAUCCUUGUUCGAAUCAACUUGUCAGAGCAAACGGACAUCACAGACCUGUUUGGAGCAGAUCUACCUGUUGAAGGUGGCAAGGGAGGAGAGUUUGCCUGGCGGGACGGGCCCUUGCUGGCGGCUCUGAAGGCAGGCCAUUGGGUUGUACUGGAUGAGGUGAGAGGACUGUCUUGUGCCCAGCAUGGGGUCACAAGGGGAAGAGCAGUCAUACUUUUCGUAUUGCUGGGACGACCAAUGCUGUUUUGCUAUGUCAACCACAUGUUUUAUAAGUGCAACAGAGAGACUGCAGGAAGUUAUCUUAAGAGACAUAGAAAAAAUGGUGAGAAAAUGGUCAUUGCUGUAUUCAAGAAUGUGUUUAAUUCAAGUUCCAACCCAUACACGGGAUCCAGACUAUUUCACAUCACUCCUUAUGAUGUUCAGCUGGGCUACUCAGUCCUUUCCCGUGGCAGUUACGUUCCUCUACUGUCCCGCCGUCCCCUGUCACUCUUGCACCAGUCGUUACGGCCUAUGGAGUCUAUUAUGAAGUGUGUGCAGAUGAGCUGGAUGGUUAUACUUGUGGGGCCAGCCUCUGUGGGCAAGACCAGCCUGGUCCAGCUUCUGGCACACCUGACUGGUCACACAUUAAAGAUCAUGGCUAUGAACAGUGCAAUGGACACUACAGAGCUUCUGGGUGGAUUUGAGCAGGUUGAUCUUAUACGUCCGUGGAGGCAGCUGCUAGAAAAGGUGGAGGGCACUCUAAGGGCACUGUUAAGAGACAGCCUCCUUAUCAGUGCUGAAGAUACAGAAGUAGUGCUAAGAGCCUGGAGUCACUUCCUUCUGACUUAUAAGCCCAAGUGUCUUGGAGAUGGUGGUAAAGGUAUCACAGUGGAGAUUGUCAACAAGCUGGAAGCGGUAUUACUGCUUAUGCAGCGACUCAACAAUAAAAUCAACUCCUACUCCAAGGCAGAGUUUGCCAAACUUGUGGAAGAGUUCCGGAAUUUUGGGGUAAAGCUUCUGCAGUCCACCAGUGGCCACAGCCAUGGCACGUUUGAAUGGGUCGACAGCAUGUUGGUUCGGGCUCUGAAGUCUGGAGAUUGGCUUUUGAUGGACAAUGUUAACUUCUGCAACCCAUCAGUGCUGGAUCGUUUGAAUGCUUUGCUUGAGCCUGGAGGUGUUCUCACUCUUAGUGAGAGAGGACUGAUAGAUGGAUCCACUCCCACCAUAACACCAAAUCCCAAUUUCAGACUUUUUCUCUCGAUGGAUCCUGUUCAUGGAGAAAUAUCCCGAGCUAUGAGGAAUCGUGGACUUGAAAUCUACAUUUCAGGAGAAGGGGAUGGGAACAUCCCAGAUGACCUGGAUCUGAAGGUUCUGCUGCACAGCCUUGGGUUGGUGGGGGAUAGUGUGUGUGACAGCCUCUUGGCUCUACACACAGAGAUCCAAAGCACUGUAGUAGGUUCUGCAACGUCCUCUAUUUCAACUCUGAUUCAGACAGCCUUACUCAUUGUGCAGUACCUACAGCGAGGGCUGAGUUUAGACAGAGCCUUUUCUGAAGUAUGCUGGGAAGCAUAUGUCCACUCCCAGCAUUCACCAGCAAACCAUAAGCUCGCACAGGCUUUACUGGAGAAACAUGUUUUUUCCCUGCGAGCACAUGAAACCUGGGGUAACUCCAUCCUUGCCAUGGGCCUGUGGCCAGAUUCUCUGCCCUCGGCUCUCUUUGCUACUGAAGAUUCUCACCUGUCUAUAGUCCGAAAUGAUGGACAGAUCUUAGUAUAUUGCCUCAACAGGAUGAGCAUGAAAACCAGCAGCUGGGCCAGGAUUCAGCCUCUUACCUUGCCAGACUUAGAGAAAAUUAUGCAGUCCUCUAACCCCGAGAGCUUGAAAUUCAGUUCAGUUGAAGUGGAUACUUACUGGAUCGAUGAAACAGAUGUUCUGGCCAUGGCUGUUAAAUUGCUUAUAGAAAGAGCAACCAAUCAAGAUUGGAUGCUCAGAGUUAAAUGGCUUUAUCAUUUAGCCAAGAAUAUACCACAGGGGCUGGAAUCAGUACAGAUUAAUUUGGAAGCCAAUGCUGCAUCUCUUAGGAAUUUUUAUUCAAAUUCUCUCUCAGCUGGGGUCAGCAAUGUCAUCAAAAUAUUACAACCAAAUAUAACAGGUACUGCACCUGAUUUAAUUUCGAGUUCUCCGCACAGUUUAGGAACCUGGUCCCAUCAAGUCCAUGGAAAAAGACUGUCAGAACUGCCACUUUUAAGGUGCCAUGUGUUUCCCCCAUGGAUUUCUCGUCACAGGAACCUCCUUGGUUGUGUGCAGGAGAUUCAUGGCAGGCUGACUGGCCCACUGGUCUACCCCGUGGCCUUCCCCCCUCAGGAUGGUGUGCAGCAGUGGACAGAAAGGCUGCAGCACCUGGCCAUGCAGAGCCAGAUCCUGCUUGAGCAGCUCUCCUGGUUCCUCCAGUGCUGCCCCAGUGCAGGGCCAACUCCCGGCCAAGGUGAGACCCAGGCACAGGGUCAGCCUUCUGCCCCCUACCCAGAGGGACCAGAACUCACCAAGGGACUGCUUUCUGGAGCAGUACAGGACCUCAUCUCAUCAGAACUGAGUUACCCAUCCCCAGUACCUCGAAAUCAGCUGCCCUCUGGUUGCCGGAUGCGGAAACAGGACCAGCUUUGGCAACAGUCAACUGCAAGAUUAACAGAGAUGCUGAAAACCAUUAAAACAGUGAAAGCUGAUGUUGACAAAAUCAGGCAGCAGUCUUGUGAGACUCUCUUUCAUUCUUGGAAGGAUUUUGAAGUUUGCUCUUCUGGGCUGAGUUGCCUGUCCCAGAUGUCAGUUCAUUUGCAAGGCCUGGAGUCCUUAUUCCUUAUUCCAGGGAUUGAGGUUGAGCAAACAGACCGACAAAUGGCAUUAGUUGAGAGCCUGGAAUAUUUAAGAGGAGAAAUCAAUAAAGCCACAGAUGACUUUACUACCUGGAAGACACAUCUGCUUGCUUUAGGCAGCCAAGGAGGAAACCAAAUGUUGGAGGAAGGGUUUGUGGAAGAUUUUUCAGAGCAAGUGGAAACUGCCAUCCGGGCCAUCCUUUGUGCCAUCCAGAACUUAGCAGAGGGAAACAGUAAAAAGACAGAGGAGACCACUGACCAAAUGAGACCACAGGAAGAGGAUGAGGCAGCAGGCUUUGAGAGACUGCAAUUGGGACAUCUAACAAAACUCUUAGAGGAUGACCUCUGGGCGGACGUGAGCGCUCUCCAUGUGCAGAAAAUAAUUUCUGCUGUCUCUGAGCUGUUGGAGAGACUGAAAUCGUAUGCUGAGGAUGGCAUAGCAGCGAAGCACACGUUCUUCAGCCAGUCCUGCUGCUUGUUGGUGCGUCUGGUGCCCAUGCUCUCCAGGUACUCAGACCUCGUCCUCUUCUUCCUGACCAUGUCUUUGGCGACUCACCGUAGCACUGCAAAGCUGCUCUCUGUGCUUGCCCAGGUCUUCACAGAGCUCGCCCAGGAGGGAUUUUGCCUGCCCAAAGAAUUCAUGGAAGAUUCAGCAGGAGAGGGAGCAACUGAGUUCCAUGACUAUGAGGGAGGUGGUAUUGGGGAAGGCGAGGGCAUGAAAGAUGUGAGUGACCAGAUAGAAAAUGAAGAACAGGCAGAAGAUACAUUUCAUAAAGGUCAAGAAAAGGAUAAAGAGGAUCCUGACUCAAAAUCAGACAUUAAGGGCGAGGAUAAUGCCAUUGAGAUGUCAGAAGACUUUGAUGGGAAAAUGCAUGAUGGGGAACUUGAAGAACAAGAAGAGGAUGAUGGGAAAUCAGAUAGUGAGGGCGGAGACCUGGAUAAACAAAUGGGCGAUCUGAAUGGUGAGGAAGCUGACAAACUAGAUGAGAGGCUUUGGGGUGAUGACGACGAAGAGGAGGAAGAUGAAGAGGAAGAAGACAGUAAAACUGAAGAAACAGGACCAGGAAUGGAUGAGGAAGAUUGUGGACUUGUUGCCAAAGAUGACAACUUGGAUGCUGGGAAGUCAAACAGAAAUAAAAGCCAAGAUAAGAAGGAAGAAAAGGAAGAAGCAGAAGUUGCUGAUGAUGGACCGGGCCAGGACAAAAUUAAUGAACAAAUAGAUGAGAGGGAAUAUGAUGAGAAUGAGGUAGACCCUUACCAUGGCAAUCAGGAGAAGCUGCCAGAACCUGAGGCCUUGGACCUUCCAGACGACUUGAACCUAGACAGUGAAGACAAGAAUGGUAGUGAGGACACAGACCAUGAAGAAGGAGAAGAAAAUCCUUUGGAAAUUAAAGAAAAGCCAAUGGAUACUGAAGAAGCAGAUCCUAAAGCUGAGGAAAUAAAGGAAGAGAUCGAGGCUGACCAUAGUGAAGGUCAGGGUCAACAUGAGCCUGAGGAAGGCCCCAGUGAAGAGGAGAAGGGCGAGGGGGAGGAAGAGAUGGACACAGGAGCUGAUGACCAAGACAAAGAUACUGCUGAACAUUCUGAAGAAAACUCCGAGGAUGAGCGGCAGUCUCUGGAGGACAAGGACAAGGAAGCCAGUGAGGACAGUGCAGAGAAUGGUGUUCCUGUUGACCAAGGUCUCCAGCCCCAGAAGCAAGAAGAAGAAGACGGGGAGAACUCAGACACAGGGGAGCAGGUGCCAGAGGCCACGGAGAGGAAAGAGCACGACUCCUGUGGGCAGACCGGGUUGGAGAGCGUGCAAAGCGCACAGGCUGUGGAGCUGGCUGGAGCCGCACCUGAGAAGGAGCAGGGAAAGGAGGAACACGGGAGUGGAGCUGCGGACGCAAACCAGGCAGAAGGCCAUGAAUCCAACUUCAUCGCCCGGUUGGCUUCCCAGAAACAGACCAGGAAAAACACACAGGUCUCUAGCCCUCUUCAGCUGAACUUAGGUGCAGUUUGCCUGGGAAAAGAUGCCCUGAGUACAGUGGUUUAAAAACAGCAAUGCCCCCAGGCUUGGCUGUCUCACCAAACAUGAUGGCAGCCAUCGCAAGCAAAUCAGGACCCUGGGCUUCUUCCCUGUGGGGGUGUGUAGACACACACACACAUACACACACACACAGCCCCCUCCCUAUUCCUGUAUGCAGCCUAAGAGCCAGGUGUUGGCUGCUAUUGCCCAGUACUAGCCAGUCUUUCUUCCCUGUCCUUACUCUUCUGUGCUUUAAAAAUUAGGUUUUUAAAAAAGAUUUUAUUUAUUUGAGAGCACAAGUGUGAGUGGGGCGAGGGGCAGAGAAAGAGAGAAUUCCAAGUGGACUGUAUGCCCAGCGCAGAACCUGACACAGGGUUCUAU